AUUUGCUCAUCCAGAGAUUGAAAGCUUCUUGCCGCCUUUGCAAUAAACACCAUGAGUUCAAGAAAGACUGGUUUAAAACAGGAAACCAAAAAAGGUGUGACUUUUGCUCGAGAUAAACAAAUCGGUAUUCUUCUCUUUGGCUUGAGUUCAAUACUUUUGGUCAGUGCUGUUAUACUGUUUGUGGGAACACCAUCUUGUUCAGAAGUGGUGGACAGCAGAAGCUCAGCAGACUAUAAUGUUCCAAGCGACGAAAACUUUGAAGUUCAAUUCCAUGGCCAUCAGACGCCGACUCUCAAUCGAUUCAAACCAUCUUAUUAUGGAAGUUCAAGCUACAGCUCUUCGUAUACUUCCAGCCAUGGAUCCUCACCUUACGCAUCAAGCUAUUCUACCUCUCCUUACGGUCAAGGAUCGUCUUAUUCCGGUUAUGGCUAUAGCUCAUCUUACGGCACAUCAUCGUACAGUUAUCCAGGUUCCUCGUCAGGCAAUAAUUGGACUGGGUGGACCAGACCAGGACUAAGUCCAAGCUCACCGUCUACUAGCUCCAGUUCUUAUUCUGGUAUUGACUGGUCUGGAUGGACAAGACCGGGACUAAGUCCAACUUCACCGUCUACUAGCUCCAGUUCUUAUUCUGGUAUUGACUGGUCUGGAUGGACAAGACCGGGACUAAGUCCAACUUCACCGUCUACUAGCUCCAGUUCUUAUUCUGGUAUUGACUGGUCUGGAUGGACACGACCAGGCUUAAGUCCAGUUUCGUCUACUUCGAGCUCUGGGUCUUCUGGAUCCUAUUCCGGUAUUGGCUUGGCCGGAGGGACAAAACCCAGUCCAAGUCCGGUUUCACCAUCUGUUAGCUACGGAUCUUCUGCAUCUUAUCUUGGUACUGAAACGCCAGGUUCAAGUCCAGGGUCUCCAUCAAGUACCCCCAGUUUGUCUGGAUCUUAUUCCGGUAUCGACUGGUCCGGAUUUACAAAGCCCUCCGUAGGUUCAUUGUCACCGUCUACAACCUAUGGAUCUUCUUCUUCAACCUAUGGAUCUUCGUCCCCAUACACCAGCAUUUCUUCGCUAAUAUCGGCUUCUGGUUCAAGCUAUGGAACAAGUUCGACUUCUGGAUCGAGUUCUAUCUACGGUACUGGGUCUACUUAUGGGACGAGUUCGACCUAUGGCUUUGGCGUGGGAUCCAGUUCCGGAUCUUCUACAAGUUCAUCGUCUAAUGGGUACAGUAGCAAUUCAGGUACUUCGUCAACUGGAAUUAGUUCAAGCUUUGGGGUGGCAACAACUUCCGACGAUAAAGAAACAACAAAUCAAAUUAACGGAAUAAAUGUUGGUUCUGGCGGAUACGGCAGCAAUACGGGCGGAUCAGGAUACCCUGCAACCAGUGUAGAAGCGGACGAAAAAUAUCCGUACGAAGAUCUUGUUGAUCUCAUCCCAGAAGAUAGAUUCGACAAAACAGAUUUCAAAUGUGGGAUUUCGAAAAUCAAACCAAAUCUAAAAACAGGAAGAGUUGUAGUCCAAAUUGUUAUUGUUUAA